AUGGAGAAGGAACGGGAACGAAGGCAAUGGACGAACACAGAGAGAGCGGAAAACACGAAGGCUCGUAGGCAUAACCUCGUCGAUCGACAGCUAGAGGGUUCAUCAUCGGGGUUCGACAAGACUGAAGAACGAAGGGAGAAGCAACGAAGUAGAGAAGGAAAACCAGGGGAAAAGGGGGUAUCCGGUCUUUGGCCGGUCAUGAAGAGCAUUAACGGUCGUCGAUCAAUGGGGUUUGCGAUCGGUGGGGUGUUUGACGAGAAGAAGGGCAGGGAAGUAAGAAAUCAAGGUGUAACAAUCGGGGAUGUCUGGCUGCUGUUGCUCAGGAAUCCUCAUAGGGGUAUUUGCAAGCUGCGAUGUCUGAAGCAGAAGGGUGUUUGGGUGGUGCCACACGACAGGAAAAAGGGGGUUUCUGCCCCUUUGAUGGUCGGAAAACUCCAAUUCCGGUGGUGUCUUCUUCCACCCUGA